AUGAUUAACUCCACUGUGUUUUCUUCUUUCACUCUCAGCGCCUACUUUGACAACGGCACCUUGGAGUACUUAUCUUUCAUGGUUAUUAUGUCUUUAUACGUGUUGAUUGUUUUAGCCAAUCUUGUGCUUGUUGUGGUGAUCUGUGUGAACAGAAGUCUUCAUGAACCCAUGUACAUCUUCCUGUGCAGCCUGUUUGUGAACCAGCUGUAUGGUAGCACAGGUUUGUUUCCUCUCCUCCUGGUUCAGAUUCUUUUAGACGUUCACACUGUGUCUGCUCCUUUCUGUUUCCUGCAGAUCUUCUGUGUCUACUCAUAUGCAAAUGUUGAGUUUUGUAAUCUAGCCGUCAUGUCUUACGACAGAUACCUCGCCAUCUGUUUCCCUCUGCAGUAUAACACACUCAUGACAUCCAACAAAGUGGCCUUCCUUAUUGCUCUGACGUGGUUAUACCCGUUUGUUGCCAUCACUGUUUUGAUAUGUCUGAGCGCCUCUCUGCAGCUGUGUGGGAACGUCAUCAACAAAGUGUACUGUGAUAACUACUCCAUCGUCAAACUGGCGUGCACUGACACCACUGUUAAUAACAUCUACGGACUCAUUUACACAGUUGUGACAAUUUGUGUCGUCAUUUUAAUCUUUUACACGUACACAAGGAUCCUCCACGUGUGUUUCUGUGGAUCCAAGCAGACGAGGCAGAAAGCCGUCAGCACCUGCACGCCUCACCUUGCCUCUCUGCUCAACUUCUCCUGCGGCUGUUUCUUUGAGAUCGUCCAGAGCAGGUUUGACAUGAAACACAUACCUUAUAUGUUGCGUGUGUUUCUAUCUCUGUACUGGCUCACGUGUCAGCCGCUCUUCAACCCCGUCCUGUACGGGCUCAACUUGACCAGAAUCCGCAUCCUUUGUAAAAGUCUGCUCUUUGGUAAAAUGUAA